CCAGCCUCUCCGGCUGCCUUAGUCCUCCCAGCAGCUCCCAGCCAGAACCAGAGCGAUGGUCUCAGGCUCAGCAGCAGGCAGCAGCAGCUCAUGUUGUCUGCUCGGAGGGAGACCUUCCUGGGUGUCACCUUCAGCGGAGCGCCGGCUGCAGCGAAUCGUCCUGGAGGACCUGAGGCCAGGAUGGAGCAGGAGGCGUGUCCUAAGGAGCUGGGCUCCACCAAUCACCUGCGGCUGCUGCUCUACAUCCUGAUUCCCAGCGUCAGCCUGCUGGGGGCGCUGCUGCUGGGCCUGGCCCUCACAGGGAUGUUUGGGAGAAACCUCCUUGAAUCCAGGCCCUUCCCCUCCACAGAGACUAUUGCUGACAACAACUAUGGCUACCAUAGCAACAGCACCACCAGCCCUCCCAUCCCUUUCUACUUGUCAGAGGCUGAAAACGUCACCUCGUCUGUGCGGGUCAAGGCACGCCACGGCCAAAGACCGCUGGCCUACACUCAAGCUCCUACAGCUGCCUCCUCUCAGGCUCCGCCUACACAGCUGUCUACGAAGCUUCCUGAUUGGCUUUCCUCUGUGACAUCACUGAGCACCGCCUGGCCGAUGAGCAGCAGCACCCCAGCAUCCGACACAGGAAGAUGCCAGCUGAUGGUGGAGCCUCAGUGCCACAUGCUGCCCUACAACCAGACCUGGCUGUCCUCCUCCGUCGCCGUGGUGAAGAGCUCAGAGGUGGACAUGUUGCUAAGGUUCUUCAGCUACCUCAGCAGACUCUCCUGCUACAGACACAUCAUGCUGUUCGGCUGCUCGCUGGCGCUGCCCGAGUGUUUGGAGGCCGACGGGACCGACGGCAGGAGGGUGGUGCUGCCGUGCGCCUCGUUCUGCGAGGCGGCGAGGGAAGGCUGCGAGCCCGUCCUGCAGAUGUUCAACGCCUCCUGGCCGGACUUCCUGCGCUGCUCGCAGUUCAGCAGAAACACCUCGUCUCCAACCACAACGUCGCCGCCCUCCUCCUCGUCGCCCCUGGCGACCACAGGCCCGGCGCCGCCGGCGUGUUUCUCGCCACGUCAGAUCAAAGGAAAACCCUCUGUGUGCGGCGGGAAGGACAACUACCUGUGUGCGAAGGGGAUCUGCGUCGCUCAGAAACUGGUGUGCAACGGUUACAAUGACUGCGACGACUGGAGCGACGAGACGCACUGCGAGUGUCCUGAGGAACAGUUUCGGUGUAACACCGGCCGAUGUCUGCCUCCUGCGCUGGUCUGUGACGGUUACGACGACUGCGGAGACCUGAGCGACGAACUGAACUGUGUGUGUAACGUGUCCAGGGAACAUCGCUGCGGGGACGGCCGCUGUGUCUCCAGGGACUGGCUCUGUGACGGAGACCAUGACUGCCUGGACAAGAGCGACGAGCUCAACUGCUCCUGCAGGAGCCAGGGCCUCCUGGAGUGCAGGAACGGUCAGUGCAUCCCGUCGGCCUUCCGCUGCGACGGCGAGGACGACUGCAGGGACGGCAGCGACGAGGAGCACUGCAGCCGAGAGCAGAACCAGGGUGUGUGCGGUCCCUCUCAGCCCGGCUGCUCGUCGUCUCCCUGCCCGCCGGCCUGUGGGGGAGGCGGCGCCGCCUGCGACACCAGAACCAACAACUGCUCGCGCUGUGAGCCCAUCACCCUGGAGCUGUGCAUGAACCUGCCCUACAACCUGACCAGCUACCCCAACUACCUGGGCCACCUGUCCCAGAGGGAGAGCUCCGUGUCCUGGGAGUCCUCGCUGUUCCCGGCACUGGUCCAGACCGGCUGCUACCAGUACCUCAUGUUCUACGCCUGCACGCUGCUGGUUCCAAAGUGCGACCCGCUCAGCCUGCAUAGGGUGCCACCCUGCAGGUCGCUGUGCCGCAGCGCUAAGGAGAAGUGCGAGUCGGUGCUCGGCAUCGUUGGGCUGCAGUGGCCCGAAGACUCGGACUGCAGCCAGUUCCCAGAGGAAGGAAACUCCACCUGCCUGAUGCCAGAGGACGGAGUGGAUGAGUGCUCCCCUAGCCACUUCAAGUGCCGGUCUGGUCGCUGUGUCCUGGCCACCAAGCGCUGCGACGGACACCUGGACUGUGACGACCACAGCGACGAAGACCACUGUGGCUGCUCUGAGCGCGCUCUGUGGGAGUGUCCCGGCAGCACAGUCUGCAUCAAACCCUCGAUGAUCUGCGACGGGUUCCCAGACUGCCCCCUGCAGGUGGACGAGGCUAACUGCUCCGCCUGCAGGGACAACGAGCUGGCCUGCAGCAACCACCAGUGUGUCCAUCGGACGCUGUGGUGUGACGGGAAGAAGCACUGCUCAGACAGCUCCGAUGAGUGGAACUGUGUCUCUCUGUCCGAUCGGUCCGGUUCGGUUCUGACCGUGUUCAAGACUGCAGCAGAGUACCAGGUCUGUGCAGACGAGUGGAACCCCGCCCUGAGCAAGCUGACCUGCAACCAGCUGGGACUAGGGGUUCCCUCCUCUGUUUCCAUGGUACCUGACCAGCCUGGAGUCCCCGGCCGUCGCCGUUGGUUACACGUCCAUCCAGAGUGGAAUCUGAGGAACGGUUCUGCCUUGCAGGCCCGACUGGAGAAGAGAAGUCACGCCUGUCAUUCCAGACACAGAGUUUCCGUCCAGUGCUCCAGAGAAGAGUGCGGUUUGCGUCCAGCACUGGGUCUUCAUCCUCACAGGAGGAAACGGAUCCUGGGGGGCCGGGUGUCCCGGCGGGGGGCGUGGCCCUGGCAGUGCUCGCUGCAGAGCGGUCAGAGCGGACACGUCUGCGGCUGCGUGCUAAUCGGCCGUCGGUGGGCUCUGACUGUGGCCCACUGCUUCGAGGGGAGGGAGAACGCUGAGCUGUGGAAGGUGGUGCUGGGCCUGACUAACCUGGACCAUCCCGGAUCUCACAGUCAGAGCCGCAGCGUCCGCGCCAUCAUCGUUCACCCGCGCUACAACAGGGCGGUGGUAGACUACGACAUCAGCGUGGUGCAGCUGGACUCUGAGGUGGAGGAGACGGCCCACGUCAGGCCGGUGUGUCUGCCUCAGCCGGGUCAGCUGCCCUCGCCGGACUCCUACUGUUACAUCAGCGGCUGGGGUCACAUGGGCAACAGGAUGCCCUUCAAGCUCCAGGAGGGGGAGGUCCGCAUCAUCUCCAAGUCUCAGUGCCAGUCCUACUUCGACAUGAAGACUAUAACUCCCAGGAUGCUUUGCGCUGGCUAUGAGGCUGGAACGGUGGACUCCUGUAUGGGCGACAGCGGCGGCCCGCUGGUGUGCGAGGAGCCGGACGGCCUCCACUGGACCUUGUUCGGCCUGACCUCCUGGGGCAGCGUCUGCUUCAGCAAAGUACUGGGGCCUGGAGUCUACAGCAACGUCACCCACUUCACCCCCUGGAUCCAGCAGCAGAUCUACAUCCACACCUACGUGACCGACUGAUAG